AUGUGUCGAAAGAAUCAAUCCGUAUAUCAACAACAGCUAGAACCACAUGGCAAUUCAAGAUAUUGUGACAUAAUUUUAACGGCUCCUAAUACACAAUCCGGUGAACCUGGGCCAACGGCUGUUCUUGAACUACUAGCGAUGUCAAUGGAGACAGACCUAAGAAGACAUUACAACCAUGCUCUGGAAUAUGCUGAAAGCCUCAAGAUUUGUUCAGCUCAAAACGGGAAGAGUCUUUAUAUUUGGGAUAUCUGGAUUGCUCAUUUUACUUGCGGAGACGGUGCCACCAAAAAGGAGAAUUGCAUGUGGCCAACUGAAGAGAGAACCUUCCACGAGAAACAAUGUGGAACCCUCAAUGGCCGACAAUGGAGAACCUGA